AUAUGAUGAAAUGAGAAUUGUGGUCAAAACAAACCCAUCUCUCUCUUUCCCCUUCAUUAGUUGAUAAAGUAAGCUAACACAAAAAAGCCAACUCACCCAUCUUUUCUUUUUGGGCAUAUUAAAGGAAAUUGCAGACAAAGAAGGUGGAUUUUCUCUCUGAAGACAUCAUUUGCCUUUUGAUCUUAACCUUUUUUUCUUCUGAGUUCUUAUGGAUACUGCUCAAUGGCCUCAGGGUUUUCAGGAGGUUCGGAUGGUUGAUCCCAAGGAAGAGACGCCUAUGAUGUUGGAGAGGAAGGUAAGGCCACAAAAGGAUCAAGCCUUGAAUUGUCCAAGGUGCAAUUCAACCAACACCAAGUUUUGUUACUACAACAACUACAGUCUCACUCAACCUAGGUACUUCUGCAAAACUUGUAGAAGGUAUUGGACUGAAGGUGGGUCCCUCAGAAAUGUUCCUGUUGGAGGAGGCUCAAGGAAAAACAAGAGACCUUUAUCAUCAUCAUCAGCUUCAUCAUCCCAUAAUCUUCCUGAUCUGAACCCACCAACACUCUCAAAUUUUGCUUCUCAAAACCCUAAUAAGACCCAUGAAGCCCAAGUGCAAGAUCUUAACCUAGCUUUCCCUGGUAUGCAAGACUACCUCAGUAUCUCUCAAAACAAUCACCACAACUCUUCUUCUUCUUCAUCUUCUACUUUGUCUUUGUCUACUUCAACACCUAUUUCAGCCCUAGAGCUGCUUAGGAGUACUGGAAUUGCUUCUAGGGGAUUGAAUUCUCUAAUCCCAACAACAACACCGAUGCCGGAUUCGAAUACACUUUUCAAUUCAGGGUUUCCCUUGCAAGAAUUGAAGCCAAACUUAGGUUUUCCUGUUGAUGGGUUUGGAAGCAGGUAUGUGAAUCUUCAUGGGGUUCAAGAGAAUGGUGUUGGUGGGAGGUUAAUGUUUCCUUUUGGAAUGAUAAAACAGAAUUCAAGCACAACAAGUGAAGUUGAUCAUCAAAAUAAAGGACAAGGGAAUUCAGGUGGAUUUUGGAAUGGAAUGUUAGGUGGGGGAUCAUGGUAAAGACAGGAUGAUGACUAGCUAGGAAAGCUAAGGAUUUGCUUUUUCUUUCUUUUUUCUUGCUCUUUUUUCACAUGGUUGUUCACUUGUUUGGAGUUGUUUAGAGGACUAACUUACAGGAUAAAUGUGGUGUCUUUGUCCUUCACUUUACUCUUUUGUUGUUGUGAAUUUGAAAGCUUCAUUUGAUUGGUUAAUUAGCUUCUUAUGGGCUUUUGAUGAUCAAAA